ACACACCCCUUAACACCCUAUUAUCGCUCCCAAAAGCCCUGUCCCUCUUUCUGCCCUUCUAUGUCCAUAGCCCGUCAUCGUUGUGUGUUAUUAUAUUCUUGAUGACCUGCAGCAUGAUCGCAAUGUCAAUGUCAAUACGAAUACCAGUGUCUCUCUCUUUCUCUCUCUUUUCUAUGAUGAUUAUGUUGUUGUCCAUUCAGCGGUGGCAAGAUUACUCGAGAUUGAGGCGAAAUUGGAUAGAAUGGAGGUUUUCUAAAGGCAGGUUGGUUAGUGUGGGUAGUUACUAGUAGUUAGUUGUAGACAAGAAAUAUACCACCACUGUCUGUCCGCUUCAUGAGUA